GCUGGCGUAGUGCGCGCGUCCUUCAAAUAGGUGGCUAUAAAAUGCUGAGACUCCUAAGCACUGCCCCACUACUUCAGGCUUCAAAGAGGAACUUCCAAUUACACUUUCAUGAAGCGACAAUUGCACCGAAGCGAACACGCAUGUUUUUAUUUCUGGUGACUGCCGUUGCGCUGCCUUCCAAUGUCUGGGCGUUCUUUUUCGUUUUUCGGCGAGAACAUGAGCGUAAAGAGCGCGAGAAGAUCGAGGGUCCAAGCUAUGUUCGAAAGAUGCCAAGAUACAUUAAG